AUCUGACAAAGAAAUGAAAUUAAUGAAACUAAUUAAAUUGCGAGAAAAUAAUUUUGGUAUCCUACAUGAAAAUAACCUCGUGAAGACAUGUUUGAUAAUGAGAACAUAAAUAGCACAGAUAUUCUGUCAGAAUUUGAGCUUGAAAAUAUUGAUUCAGAAACAUUGCAGCAGUGUCGUUUCUUACUGGAGAUUAUGUAUGAAUUUAUUAAAUUAAAUAUAAUAGUUCAUAGAAACAAACUAUUAUCAAAGUGGUAUGAAACAAAAGAAAUUAUGGCAUAUAUUACAAGAACAGAUGAAUAUUUAGAUUCAGAUAUAUUGAAUCUCUUACUUAAAUCCCCAAAACUUAUUAGAAUUGGAGAUUAUAUCUGUGUUCCACAAGCUUUUCAACAAAUGUUUCAAAUAUUUGAACAUGAAGUAACUCAACAAUAUGAAUUAAUAUUGCAAAGUGAAACUGAUGAAUAUGAAGAUACCACACUAACAGAUAAUGAAAAUAUAUUAUAUAAAGAGUGUGUUACUAAUAAUGACAGUGAAACUGAUCAGAAUCUUCAAAAGCUGUCUGGUUUAACAAGUGAUGCUUUUGAAAAUGAUAACAAUAAAGCUAAUCAUUUUUAUCAAAAUGAAAAUACUUGCGAGUCAUCUCUAAUUUCUUUGAAUAACUGUUCAACAAAUAAAACAAAAAUAAAUCCAAUAUAUCAAAGUGAGAAUAAAUUUGGUUUAAAUCCCAUUAAUGAACAUCUUGUUGUAAAUAAUACCAAAGAAAAUGAUGAUUAUGAACAACCAACUUUUUACAAGAAAGAUAGAUACUUUAAUUAUAAUAAUGAUAUAAUCAACAAAGACAAUUGUACUGAUAUAGUAUAUGAUGAUACAUUACAGCAUAAAACAGUACAUGAAAAUAAUUCACAAAAUUCUAUAAAAAAUUUCUUCUUAGAAAAAAAUAUAACUAGUAAUACAGUAAAAAAUUUAUUUAUUCAAGAUCUCGAACAAUCAACAAAUAAUGAGCUACCUUUGUCACCAACACUCCAAGAUAAGUAUAAAUUACUAGCACAUAAUUAUUUCAUGAUAGUACAAAAUUUUGCUAAACUUUCAAAAGAAAAAACGGACAUGGAAGAUAGUUUUAAGUUAAAACUAGAAAAGAAAGAUUCUAUCAUGAAAGCUGUUAUUGAAGAACGUAAAAUAUUAAUUGAUAGAUUGGAUGCAUAUGAAUCGCAUAUUUCUGAAGAAAUAUCAAAUAAAUAUGAAGCAUUAAAUGCGGAUGUAUUAACGUUAAAAUCAAAUUUAAAUAGAUUGAAACAAGAAAAAAAGGAUAAUGAAUACAAUUUUAAACUAUUAAUAGAAGAGAAAAAUACCAUAGAAAAAAUAUUACGAGAAGACAACGUACAAUUACUUAAGACUGUGAAAGAUUAUGAAGCUGAAAUAAAUAAGAAAAAUGAGGAACUAAAUAUUCUUCAAGAUAAUGAUGUAAAGUUAAAAAAAUCCUUUUUGCAAAAAUCAUUAGAAUCCCAAUAUUAUUUCAACAAAAAUAUGUUAAUGAAUGGCAUUGACUAUUGCAAUUUAUCAUUAGACAUCAUAUAUAAGUUGAAUUCUUUGAUUAAACAAUGUACUGGAAUGCAUAUCAUUCCAGAUUAUACUGAAUGGUUGUUAACACUAAACCAGUUCAUGAAAUUAUCUACAGAAUGUGAGGCGGAGUUUUUGAAAUGUAAAUCUUUGUUAGAAUCAAAAACACAAAUUGAAAAACUGGAUGAGAUAAAUAUGAGUUCUAUAAAUCUACCUGUGUAUCCAAAUAAAUCUUUAUCUACAAUUGUCUGCGAUGCUUUCAUGGUAUUAGAUAAACACAUAACAAAAAUUUCACCACAGAAUUUACCUAUGAUUUUACCUUCAUCAUUAUUAUUGCAUCCUUUAUCAAAUUCUCAUUUCCAUCAAUCAAAUUUAGAAGGAUUUUCUAAUGACAAAAUUGUUGAAAAGAGUUCUAAUAUUAACUUGAUUAAGACAAAAGAUAAAUUUAAAGAGCACACAGAGAAUGAUACAGAAAAUAUUUUAAAGAAAUCUGAUUUAAGUGAAGAGAAUAAUGAAGCUAUUCAAUGUCAUUUAGAACGUAUUGAUAAUAACGAAGUAGGAAAUUCUAUGUUAGAAAAAAAUAUAAAUGAAUAUGAUAAUCACAUUGAUAGAAUCUUAGGAGAUGUUGAUAAUGAAAGAGAACCAGAAAGUGCAAUAAAUAAAAAUUUUCCAAAUGAUAUCGCUAACAAUAAUAUGACACAAACCUGUGACAAUAAUAAAUCAGAAUCAAUUGGUAUACCUAAUAAAACAGACUAUAAAUUAUUGAUAGAACAAGUAGAUUCCAUUGGACAAAAGAAACUGAAUACUGAAGAUAUAAUAAAAGAAAAUAAUAUAAAUAUCGAACGAAACAGCAAAGAAAUCUGGAUCAAUUCUACAAAUAAAUUAAUGAAUAUACUACAGAGCAAAUAUGCAGGAAUAUCAGAUCUGUAUCUUUUGGAAAGUUUGAAUGAUCUCCGAAAAUGUAAUAAAGAAGAAUCUCUAACAGAUUUAUGCACUUACAUUAAAACAAAGGAAAAUACAAAAAAUACUACUACUGCUUUAUCUAUACCAAGUAAAAAAGAAGUAAAAAAUAAAACCAAAAAAUUAAUGAAUUCAAAGAAAUCAAAAUCGUUAAAUAAUCUAUCAUGCUCCAUUAUUACAAAGUCAUUAAGACAAAAACAAAAAAACCUGUAUAACUCAUCAUCAUUAUCAUCAUUAAUUACUGUUAAGAAGAAAUUUAUUUGUUCAACAAAAUAUCCAUGGUAUGUAACUAUUACACAAGAAAUUAAGAAAAAUGACUAUGAAGAAUCUGAUUGCAUUAUAUGUAUGGAUAAUUUACAAUUAACUCAUAAGCAGAUUUAUUCAUUAGAAUGUCAACAUAAAUUUCAUAAAAAGUGUAUUAAAGAAUGGUUCCAACAAGAUGAAUCAUGUCCAACAUGUCGUGUUCAUUGCAAGAUUGAUGAAGAAUAUCCUUCUUUACCUUGAAAACAAACAUGCAUUAUUACUGUAUAAAAGUAAUUUGACGAAGUAAAUAUACUUAAAUUUAUUUUUAUGAUAAAAAAAUAAAAUAUAUCAGAUUAGAAUAAAUAAAUCUUAUAAAAUGUUAAUAAAGAAAAGUAUAAAAGUGGUUAUC